GAGAUUCGGGAGACUUAAAUGACUGAUGCCAAAAAGAGUUCCUUUGAGAUUAUUACUACUCACAAGUAUACCAAAAAAUUUUCCAUUCUUCCUCCCUGAUGUGGAAAAUAGUUGACAAAAGAAGGGUGUGAGUCAGUCACACAUGCUGAUCAAAUUGCUCAGUUUUCUGCAUGUAUGCUUUGAACUAUUGCUGACUAUUUCUUCAUUUGAAGUGAAGAAAAAAGAAAGCAAUAUGGAUGAACUUGAACUCUUUUUUUUUUUUUUUGUUCCCCUUUUAUCUCUAGUUAAGUCAUUUUUGUAAAAAAUGGCACCUUUAAAAAAGAAAGAAGAUAGAAACUUAAGAAUGAUGAUCAGUAUGACUGAUUUAAGUUGCAUUAAGCUUAGAUGGUAACCCAUUUCCCAAUUUCAACUGCUUAAGUUUACCCCCAAAAAAAAUUAAUAUACUAGUACAACUCUGGAAGAAAACUGGGAACUAAUGAUGCAUGCAACAGGGAUGUUUAUGAGAAGUUAGUAGAAAAAGAUAAACUUUUGCAGCUAGUUCAGUAACGAGGUUUGUUAAGUUUGAUUUUAUUUCUCGGUGUAUUUGCUACCAUCUGAAUCCCAAGCAUGUCCAGCAUUGACACUAUCUAUUAAGUUCUGCAACAUAUGAAAUCUGUAGUUUCAAAAAGUGAUUUCCAGUAACAUUAUUUGUAAAUCUGAUCUUUCUUGCUGAAUGCUUUCUGAUUGUGUUGCCAAUUGUACUCUAUUAUGUUUUUACUAGUUAAGUUGAUAGUUGGGUCUCAUAGAUCUUCUUAGCACACUUGUGAUCUGGAAUUAUAGGUAGCUACUAUAAAUGCUCCAUAUCAACUCAAUUAUCAUGUGGCAAUGAUUUUAGAUGCUGUGGGAUGUUAUAAUCUCCUACCUACUGGCAUGAUGAAAAUACUGAAUAUGAAGCAAUUUGGUAUUGUUUAUUGAAUCGGAAAUUUGGGAAGAUGAUGCAAAUUUGAAGCUUUGUUACUCAUGAUCUUCGGACCAACUUGAAUAUUAUGUCUUCUUAUCAUUUCACUUUGUUACAUAUUUUUUUGGUCCGAUAUUAAGGUACUUCAUCUUGCUAUGCAAUGCUAAUGGAUUUAGAUGUUGAUGCUUCGUAUCAGUUUUGAUGUAUAGAACUUCCAUUCACAAAGGGGCCGGUGUUCUGUACCAACAGUAGAUGGGAAAAUAACUACUCAGAAUUCUGUGAGAGUUUGCACAUCAAAGCUGUGGAGUUCUACCAAAACACACAUGGUUGCCUUUUCCAAGAGAUGCUCUAUGGCAUCUGAAGUUAAUCACACAGAGCCACCGUUUCCACAAUUUCCAGGGGCAUAUCCUGGGGCUUCCUUUUCCUGUAGCGGAUUUGCUUUUCAUCCUUCUCAAGCUACUCAAAUGGACUCGAAGGCUGGCAUUGCUGCAGUGCCCAUUCGAUCUGUUCCACCUUUACAUGGACCAACAAAAAACAGAUUUGUAACAAAGCCUGUCAAGAUCAAGAAAAACUGGCCUCCGUCAAAUGAUGCGUGUCCUUCCAAUAAGUCAAGGCCCAAACAGCCAAACAAGAAGCCUUCAACUACUAAGAAGACUAAGAGACCGCCUAAGGUUGGAGUAAACAUUGAAAGGAAGAAUCCAGAUUUGGUAUAUGAUGAAGCCAAGUUUGACUUUUCACGGGUGCCACCGCCAUUUUGCUCUUGUACUGGAGUUGCUAGAGCAUGCUACAAAUGGGGAUCUGGAAGCUGGCAGUCUUCCUGCUGCAAUACAAACUUAUCUCAGUAUCCUCUGCCAAUGAGUCCUUCAAGGCCAGGGGCUCGUGUGCCUGGAAGGAAAAUGAGCCAUGGAGCAUACACAAAACUUCUUUGCAGAUUUGCAACCGAGGGUUGCGAUCUUUCACAACCAAUCGAUUUGAAGAACCACUGGGCUAAACAUGGAACAAACAAGUUUGUUACAAUCAAGUAAAAAGAUGCAGCUGUUUUGACUGCCAAUCAUGCAUCACCUUCUUUGUAUAGCGGCAAGUUUUCUUUCUAGAUGCUCUUUCAGCUAUAAAUAUCCUAGGUACAUGGCAGUAGACAGCCAUGCUUUGGUUGUGUCAAUGUUCGAAUAUUACCCUUUAGUUCUGUUGUCAAUGUUCUUUGCGCUAGUCAUGAUCUGCUAGAUGUCCCUUUUAUGUUGGUCUCUUUUGGAGCUUGUUACUUUCUAAAUUUUCCUUUGUAGUAUUUAGUAGACAGGUUGGUGUCA